CUCGCGAUAGUUAAAAACGCAUGGCCGCUCACAGUGUUUACAACUCGCAAUGAACCGAUGAGUAAAAACACUAAAGUCCUGAAGAAGAAGGGCGUAGAAUAUUUCUUUAACUGGCUCGUAGUCUCCAGCUUGCGGUGAAACCUUCAUACCAGCGAGGAGAAACGUGUGUAUUGCCAAACAGACUACAACACAGUUUGUCGGUGCUGUGAUGUCCUCGACCCCCAGCAGACUCAAACCCCCCCACUGCAGGAAGAAGCACUAUCCCAGUAGCACUUACCUCACCCACGUCUGACAGCCUACCCUCAGACUUGAGGCAUCGGUCGCCAGGUGGAGGACAGGAGACACUGGGGAAAACCAAAGGGAGAUGUCUGAUUCGGCUGGAGGUGGUGAAAGCGGUGGUGUAGCAGGCUCUGUGCAGGACCCGGACGGGGACAGCGACAGCGACGCCCCUCGUCAGGCACCAGCUUUGCCCGAGGGUGACAUCUUGGAGGAGGAGGAGACCUCAGAGGACGGGGAACCUUCGUCCGCCAAGCGGCCCAGAGUGAGCGAGGAGGAACCGCGUCCGGAGCCGGUCGGGGAGCCCGUCGAUAUGCACGGAGAAAGGCCGGCACAGACUGGCCCGCUGCAGGAAGAUCCAGCCCCAGCAGCACAAAAAACGGGUGAACCGGAUCACAGUGAGGACGCAGUGGAAGAGGUGCCCGUGGGGGGGGGGGUCGAGGAAGAAUGGCCACAGGAUGGACAUGUUGGGUAUGAGGCACCUGUAGAGGAAGGCGAGACGAAACCAGAAGACGAUGACGGUUCUGCAGACAGCCCCGGUGCAGAGCAGCGUCUUGGUCUAGAUUUCACCCAGAACCCGCAGAUGCUCACUGGUUCCUGGAAUGAGUACUCCAACCUUCCAGAGAAUUACCUCAAAGGCUGCAAAUGGGCUCCUGAUGGUUCCUGUAUCCUCACCAACAGCGCGGACAAUGUGCUCCGUGUGUACAACAUCCCUCCAGAGGUCUACAGCUACAACUGGGAUUCACUCCCUGAGAUGAGUCCGGUGCUGAGGAUGGCGGAGGGAGACACCGUCUAUGACUACUGCUGGUACCCCAAGAUGAGUUCUCUGGACGCAGACACAUGCUUUCUUGCCAGCAGCAGCCGAGACAACCCAGUGCACGUGUGGGAUGCCUUUUACGGGGAGGUGCGAGCAAGCUACCGGCCCUACAAUCACCUGGAUGAGCUGACGGCGGCCCACUCGCUCUGCUUCUCGCCCGACGGGACGCAGCUCUACUGCGGCUUCGACAAAACCGUCAGGGUCUUCUACACCGAGCGGCCCGGGAGAGACUGCGAGGAGAGGCCCACCAUAGUGAAGAAGCAGGGCCAAAGUGGCAUCAUCUCCUGCUUUGGCUUCAGCCCCUGCCAGUCUGUUUACGCCUGCGGCUCCUACUCCCGCUGCGCUGGCCUCUACUCCUGCCAAGACGGCACCCUGCUGGCUCUGCUGCCGACCCGCCACCACGGAGGCCUCACCCAUCUGCUCUUCUCCCCUGACGGCCACUACCUGUACACUGGGGGACGCAAGGAUCCAGAGAUCCUGUGCUGGGACCUACGGGAGCCGGACAAGGUUGUGUUUUCACUCAAGAGAAACGUGGCUACUAACCAACGCAUCUACUUUGAUCUGGACCCGUCGGGCAGGUACCUGCUAAGUGGGGACACGGAUGGAAUGGUGUCGGUCUGGGACACCCAGACAGCGCCUCCUGAUGGUAAUGAGGAGCUACUGCAGCCCCAGCUCAGUUUUCAGGCCCAUUGGGACUGCACCAAUGGCAUCAGUGUUCAUCCCUUCAUGCCGCUGUUGGCCACAUCCAGCGGGCAGCGGCAGUUCCCGUCGCCCGGCGAGAGUGAGGGCGACUCGGCCUCUGAGGGCGAGGGAGCGGAGGCUGGGAUGUCGCCUCCAAAGACCCGGCAGGACAACGCUCUGAGCCUGUGGUGGGCCGGGCCGCUCGGCAGCCAAGAGCAGGAAGGCGAGGUGGUGGAGACCUGACGCUCUGCGCGUCACACCUGUCCCGGGAUAUUUAGAUUGGGGACGGCCUUCUGUGGAUGAAGCUGACUAAGGGAUCUUCAUGCUAUAUUAUGUUCUGGGGUGGCAAUGCAUUUCGGGAUAAUUUUAAAAUCUGGUUAAAUAUGAAUACUUGCGGCCUAAUUAACCUUAUGCAAUUCAGUCUUAACAUAACAUGUGCAAGUUAACAUUUCCUGACACAGAUUAAAGGUCAGUGCAGGACAGCCCAGAACUAUCUGCCCAUAAGACUGGUCAAUGCUAAAUGCAAAGUAGAGACAAGAUGGGGACUCAAUUGAGUUAUUUUAUAAUCUUUUGAUAUGAAACUUUUUUUUUUUUUCGAGGUGAAUGUUCUUCCUGAUUUGUAAAGGUUCGGAGGGCGAGAAGCAGCCCAGUGUGUCUGGGAGUGUGUUUACGUGUGUGGCUAAUGCUGACGUGGAUGUUCCUCACUGGUACUUAGCUAGUAAGUGCCAUUUGUCCUCGAGUUUUGCGUUUGUAGACUGACGGGAUCUUCCGGUUUUACCCUCUUUUUUAAAAUAAAUCUAUUUGGCUGUGUUGUUUCGCUCAGUGCAUGGCCACAUGUAUAUUUUUGUAAAGCUGUGAUCACUAAUGUUUUCAAAUGUAUGUUCUGUAAGCAGCUAGCUUGAUUUCUGUGUCUGCAGUACAACAGAAGUCUAAUGCACCCGGAAAAACAAGUGUUUUUGUUUGUUGUUUUUUCCAACAUUUUUACCUGUGAGUGUUGAUGUGGAAGCACAGAACACAUUGUUUGUAUAGUUGUAUUAAUGAUG